AGAGAGUGUGUGUGUGAGAGUGAGUGUUUAUGUGUGUGUGUGAGUGAGUGAGUGAGUGUGCGAGAGAGAGAGAGAGAGAGAGUGUGUGUGUGUGAGUGAGUGAGUGAGUGUGCGAGAGAGAGAGUGUUUAUGUGUGUGAGUGAACAGCUCGAGAUCUGUAAAGGUGAAACUGGCCAUGUUUUCUGCGCAUGCGCAUAAUACCGAGUUCUUUUCGGAAGUUACAAAAACUCUUGGAAAACGGCUGUUUUUUUUGGAGCUUUGGGAACAAUUACGAAUAUUUGAAGAGUUUUAAUAUAAACACACACUGGGAGGAUGGUGUAGAGGAUGUUGUACUUACUGUAAGACGUACAAUGUUAAAGAACAGUGAAAGUUUGAUGUCGUCAGUCUGCGGAGCUCAGUUCUGGAGAUCCUCCUGAUUCAUUGAUCUGCCAUGAUGAUUCUUCUGUCCUUCAGCAUCAGUUUGUUCAUGGUGAAUUCAUGUAUGACUCACAGUUUGUUCACAUGUGAGCCGAUGCGUGUGCAGUGGUGUCAUGACAUGCAUUACAACAACACAUUCUUCCCUAACAUGCUUGAGCACUAUGACCAGGACAUCGCUGCCGUGAAGAUGAAGCACUUCAUGCCAUUGGCAAACCUCCGCUGUUCACCUGAAGUACAUCUCUUCCUGUGCCAAGCAUUUGUUCCCGAGUGCACCGAACACACGCAUGUCCUGCGUCCGUGCCGAGAGCUGUGCGAGCGUGUCGUGUCUGACUGCAGCAGGGACAUGCGCACGUUUGGAAUCAGCUGGCCGCCGGAGCUGCAGUGUGACAGGUUGAAAUCAUGUCACUUUUCUUCUGAUGGUUCUGCUGUUUCAUCCAUGGAAGAUACGACCCCAUCCGGAGGCUCUCUGUCAGCCAAUCGGGAUCUGGGCUUCUGGUGCCCCCUUCAGCUGAAGACUCUUACUGGUCAGGGCGGCUCUUUUCUCGGGGCUCAAGACUGUGCGCCACCUUGUGACAACAUGUACCUUAAACCGCAGGAAGUUCACUUGACGAAGACUUUCAUUGGCGUGAGCUCCAUCGUGUGUUUGUGUGCGACUCUCUUCACAUUUCUAACCUUCCUCAUCAACGUGAAACGAUUCCGCUACCCUGAGAGGCCGAUCAUCUUCUACGCGGUCUGCUACAGUUUUGUCUCUCUCAUCUAUUUCGUCGGUUUUCUGUUGGGUAACGAGGCCGCGUGCAACAAGCCGAAUCUGCCGGGGCAUGUGUCGACGGUCGUGUUGGGCGCUCAGAGCCGCAGCUGCUCGCUGCUCUUCAUGUUGCUGUAUUUCUUUUCCACUGCUGGAAUGGUUUGGUGGGUCAUUUUGACCAUCACAUGGUUUCUGGCCGCAGGACUCAAGUGGAGCUGUGAAGCGAUCGAGAAGAAGGCCGUCUGGUUUCACGCAGUUGCUUGGGGUCUCCCGGGCGCCCUCACCGUCGUGCUGCUGACGCUGAAUAAGGUGGAAGGAGACAGCAUCAGCGGCGUGUGUUUCAUCGGCUUGUACGACCUCACGGCGUUGCGUUGGUUUGUUGUGGCUCCACUGGCAGCGGGCGUGUUGUCCGGCCUCUCUCUGCUGCUCGCCGGAAUCGUGUCUCUGAAUCGUGUACGGCAGGUUAUACAACAUGAUGAACAGAACCAGGAGAAGCUAAAGAAGUUCAUGAUCCGUAUCGGAGUCUUCAGCGGCCUGUACCUGCUUCCUCUGCUGGCGCUGCUCGGAUGCUACCUGUAUGAACAAUCCCACCGCAGCGCCUGGGAGCAAACGUGGAUCAACGAUCGUUGUCAGGAAUACAGCAUCCCCUGCUACUACAGCAGUGUUGAUGUGGACCGGCCUGAGCUCGCUCUGUUUCUGAUGAAAUAUCUGAUGACGCUGGUUGUGGGAAUAUCUGCUGUGUUUUGGGUCAGUAGCAAGAAAACCUGCUCCGAAUGGGCCUCCUUCUUCAACAGAACUCGCAAAAAAGAUCCCAUCAGCGAGAGUCGACGUGUUCUGCAGGAAUCCUGCGAGUUCUUCCUCAAACACAACAGUCGUGUGUCCAAGCAUUACAAACCCUCUUCUCAUAAACUCAAGGUCAUUUCAAAGUCCAUGGGCACCAGCACAGGCAUUCAAACCCCUGUCACUAGUAACCAUGACAACAGUCCGGUCUCCACGGCAGUCAGCAACCACAACAUUCCAAGCCAGUCUGUUUCCGAGAUGCAGAGAGACACGCCGCCGCCGGCAGAGAGACGCAGUAAAGCGGGCAGUUCCAGUCGCAUCAGCAGCCGUGCAGAAAGCCUCCGCAGGAUGACCCCAAAAGAUGAUGUGCUGGAGUCCACACACAGCCCCGCCCACUGCACCAACUCUCAGUGAAAUCUCAGGUUGGCGUGGCCUCUGAAUCGAGGUGAGGUAGACAGAGUUCCGGCUCCGCCUUCCUGUCAUUCUCCGUAAAUGUUUCCCAGUUAUCAGAAUAUUCAGCUCUGAAAGCUUCACUGCAAUGUACUUGUAAAAUACGUCACUUGUAGGAUUGUCAUAUGUGGCCAUGCAGAUGAAGUGUCCUGAAUUCAUUUAAACUGGAAACGUUAUGAGGGGGACAUCAAUUGGGCAGUUUAUUGUAUUGCACAUUUCGUAGCAAUUUGUCACUGGACUAGUCAAAACACUGACUCUGACAUGAAUCCAAAGAUUUCAUUGAAGACGGAAAAUUGGGGGGAUUUCUACCGAAUAUGUACAUUAACUGUAUCUAACCCUUUCUCUGCCUGAAGUGAAACUUAUUUCAAAUCUUUAUUCAAUUAUGAAGAUUAAAGCAUUUAAAAUUAAAGUGUGUCUUCAGAAAAAAACUGUAAACUUCUUCUGAAAUGUAUUUUUCUCUUAAUCAUGUGUUUAUGCAUUCACAGAUAAAUAUGAGAAUCUAAUAUACACUCACCUAAAGGAUUAUUAGGAACACCUGUUCAAUUUCUCAUUAAUGCAAUUAUCUAAUCAACCAAUCACAUGGCAGUUGCUUCAAUGCAUUUAGGGGUGUGGUCCUGGUCAAGACAAUCUCCUGAACUCCAAACUGAAUGUCAGAAUGGGAAAGAAAGGUGAUUUAAGCCAUUUUGAGCGUGGCAUGGUUGUUGGUGCCAGACGGGCCGGUCUGAGUAUUUCACAAUCUGCUCAGUUACUGGGAUUUUCACGCACAACCAUUUCUAG